CGCCGCCGUUGCCGCCGUUGACGACGAGGCGCUGAUUACCGUUUUUCGCCAUGCUUGCAACACCAGUAAAGUCUACUGCAGCAGCACACUUACCGGCCGACGAGGUUCGCGUUGCUCCAUUAAGUACGCACAAUAAUUGUAUCAGUAAUUUUAACCGUACGUAUGUAUUGUUGAUUUUUUUAUCUAUGGUCUCGACACUCUCAAUAGCUGCAGCCUACACUAGUCUGUAGUCCCGCACGCCGCGUAUUGUUGCGUCUUCACAGUCGUCAGUGAUCGUCACUCGCCUAUCACAGUAUCACACAUACUAUAAUAUUUAUUAUUAUUAUAAAUAUAGAUAAUAAUAAAAAAACGUUUAUUCGUCUCGAUCAGCGAUUUUUUUUUUUUCAAUAACACUCGAUUCUGCUGUCCACCUACGUCGAAAUAAACCGAAUAAUUUACGCACGUCUUGUCUCCUCUCGAACAACGGGUAAAAAGAGCUGUAGAUACGACCCUACGGUUAUUAAUUCUCGCCGACGUCGUGUGUCUGGGGCGUUAUCGACGACGUGCCGUUUGACCGUUUCCCGAAAAUAGUUUAGUUCGUAUCGGUUGUACAUUACAAGUACCUAUUUGCAACAAGCUAGUUCGAUGAUAAUAUUGUUUAAACUCCGAUGAGUGGUCACACGGUGUCUUAGUGUUUAGCCAACGUUUUCGCACGAGUCCACGUCCAAGGCAUCUACAUGGAAUCGUCGAGGUAACGAUUUCCUUUUCGAUAUAUCAUCGCUAUGUCCUCUGUAUCCAUUAUGGACACGCUGUCCUUUACCGUUCUCUCCGUCAUAUUCAUCCCGUUUCUCCUUUUCUUCCUCAGCAUCGUUCUAUUGGCUUAUAUCGGCAAGACGGUAGGAGUACAACAGAUCUAUGUGGACUUCUUAGUUAAAGUAUUUGAGUAUGGACGAGAAAAUCUAGAAAAACAAUCAAAAAAAAAAACUAAAAGAAUUGAAGAAACUGAUAGUGAAGGAAAUGAUGAAGUUGAUGAAGUAGAUUUUGUGACUGAAUUUGAUACAGAUACAUUAAAUGAAUCUAAAACACAUUCAGUGCCAAUAAGUUCAAAUGGAUCUAUCUCUCGAAGUAACUCAUCUCAUAGUUUAUCUAAUGGAAGUGUUGACAAGAAAAUACAGAAUGGAGCUCCACCUUUAAUAAGUAGACAAGAUUUAAUACUAGUUCCAGAUCCAGAUCAAAAUUAUAGUGGCAAUAAUAAUGUUAAAACUGAAGGAGGUAAACAAAUAUUACAAAGAACCCGUUCAUUUAAUACAUUAAAACGAGAAUUUGAACUUGCUGAUGUACUUGAUUAUGUGAAAACUGGUGUUGAAGCAAUUAUAGAAGAUCAAGUAACUUCACGAUUUGAAGCAGAAGAACUUAAGUCUUGGAAUAUGUUGACAAGAACAAAUAGACAUUAUGAGUUCAUCAAUUGGAAAAUAACUGUUAUUUGGAUGAUUGGAUUUAUUGUAAGAUAUACAUUUUUGUUGCCAUUGCGUAUGUUGAUUUGUUUCUUUGGAGUCAUGUGGCUGUGGAUUUGUACAUUAAUUGUUGGUUUUGUGCCCGAUAGUUUGGGUAAACGUUGGCUAAACCAAAAUUUAUCCAUUAUGUGUUUUCAAGUUUUAGCUGCUUCAUUAUCUUCAGUCAUCACUUAUCAUAAUCGCGAGAACUUACCAAAACGAGGCAUUUGUGUUGCCAACCAUACAUCUCCAGUUGACGUACUAGUGUUGGCAUGCGAUAAUCCUUAUGCUCUGAUUGGCCAACGUCAUGGUGGAUUUUUAGGAAUCCUUCAAAGAGCAUUAGCCAGAGCUUCUCCUCAUUUAUGGUUUGAACGAUCCGAAGCCAAAGACAGAGAAAUUGUUGCAAUGAGACUUAGGGAACAUGUAUCAAAUCCAACUAAUCCUCCAAUACUAGUAUUUCCUGAAGGAACAUGCAUCAACAACACAUCUGUUAUGCAGUUCAAAAAAGGAAGUUUUGAAGUUGGCAGUGUUAUAUACCCUGUAGCUAUUAAGUAUGAUCCAAGGUUUGGAGAUGCAUUUUGGAAUAGUAGUAAAUAUACAAUGAUUCAACAUCUUUAUUUAAUGAUGACAUCCUGGGCAAUUGUGUGUGAUGUGUGGUACUUGCCUCCAAUGUAUCAAAAUGAAAAUGAAUCGGGUGCCGAUUUUGCAAAUCGAGUAAAACGAGUAAUUGCUGAUCAAGGCGGUCUAGUUGACCUAGUAUGGGAUGGUCAACUUAAACGUUACAAACCGAAAAAAGAAUGGAAAGAAAGACAACAGGAAGAAUUCAGUAAACGAUUAAAAGUUGAAUAGCACAAGUUGAUAAUAUUAUUGUUUAAUACAUUAUUGGUUUUAUAACAACACAUAAUGAGAUUGCUUAAACAUGUCAUGACAUUAAUGAAAUGACUCAAUCCAUAAGAACAAAAACUAGUCGUACAUUAAAUCACCAUUUUAUUUUUUUGUUUAAUAUUUAUUUUAGGUUUAAUAGAUAGAUAUUAAAUAAACUAUAAAUUUUUGAAUUAUGUAAACAUUUUGUGAAUUGUAAUAUUGAUUUUGGUGGCAGUCGAUAAAAUAUGGAUUUCUAUCUGUGAUUUAAGUAAGCCUUUGAAUUAGAUUUUUUAAUUAUUAAGAAUGUCCAAAUUUUGGAUGUUGAAUGUUGAGUUUACAUUUAGGUUUCAUUUUUAUUUCUUAUAGCUAUAUUUAUAAAAUGUUGCUUAAAAUUAUCCAACAUAUACUUACUUAGAUAUUUAUGUUAAUCAUAUGAUUAAUUAAGUUAGUUCCUUAUUGGUUCGUUUUUACGAAUUAUUAAAUUAUAUUUAUCAAAACAUACACCAAUAUAUUUUUUAUUUAAAUUAAUUUUGGUACAUUGUUUUGUUUUACAUGUAAUUGUUAUAUAUUUUUUGUAAUUAUGUAUUAAUUCAUAAACUUGUAAUUUACACAAUAUAUUAAUUUAAUUAAUUACAAAACAAUUUUUUUUUUGUUUACACAUACAAUUGUAUAUUAUUUUUAUUUUAGAUAUAUUUUCAAUAAAAUAUAUAAAGUAAGAUAAUAAUUCUAAAAAGGAAAUAGAAAUGUAAUAGUUUUUAAAUGUUCACAUCGAUAAUUUGGUUAUGAUUACUUUUAUUUUAUUUAUUUAUUUUUUUGGCCAUAUAUUCAUCAAUAUAGUUUUUAUUUUAUUUAAUUAUAAUUAUUAUAGAUACCAAGUGUAUGUAUAAAAAUAUUUUAUUUGGAAAUUGGGUUGUUUAGACUUUUCUAUAUGAAAAAAAUGUAAAUUCUGUUGGUGUCAAAUGUAAAUUUACUUACAAUAUAAUAUGUUAAAUAUAUAUUUGAUUUUUUUCUUGGUUAAUUGAGGUGUUUAAUUAUCUAACAUUAAGUUCAGUACCAAUGAAUCAAUGAUUAUUUUUAAACUUUUCAAUCUUGUUUUUAAAAAUAUCCCUUAGUCAGCUCUCAAUUUCCCUUGUAUAUAAAAUUGUUAUUUGUUUCUAAUUAUCAAAAUAUAAUUAUUGAGCUAAACAGAAAACUAGUUACCAUUUUCUUAUAAUUAUUUUAAUGUUGAAAUAUCUUAGCCUACUAUAAAUAACAAUCUAAAAGUUGUCUUAUAAAUUAAAAUCAGUACUCUACUUUAUAUUUUUAGAAAUAAUCAAUGGUUUAGAAAUGUUGUACCACUAAUACGACAAUUUGGUACUAAUGCACAAUAAAUGUUUAAUUGUAAUUAAAUUAUUUGAUACUACAGAAUAAAUUACAUUGAGACUGGUUCUUAAAAAAAAUAUAUUUUUUAGACGAUAUGCAUUUUACAUGUACAAUUUAUAAAAAAUAUGUAAUAAUGGUUGAACUAAUCAAUUAUUAAAUAUUCUAUUUUGUUGUCAAUAAAUGAUUUGAUUAAAAAAUUAUAAUA